AUUGCCCAACAUCAUCAACCACAUCGACAGUCCGACCAAGACACUUCUUGAAAUCUUUCUUGCCACACACUAAUUCGAAUUCGCUCCCACGCUUUCUCACGUUCACUUUCCCUUCCACCAUGAAGUUCUCUCAAACCUGCAUCGUGAGCAUCCUCGCUCUCGCCAACACGGCCGUUUCCCUCCCUACAGCAGAAAAGAUGGACCUCAUCGCUCGCGAUCCAAUGGCUGUAGUCGAGCGAUCAGCUGAAGCUGAACCCGCCCUCCAAAAACGCAUCCUCCCAGCCAUCGCCCUCGGAAAAAUCCUCCUCGGCCAAGCCCUCGCCGGCGUAGCGAAAGCAGGUGUCGACGCCGCAAAAGCUCAUCUUGAAGACGGAAUGAUACCUGAGAAUGAUCAUGAUGAUUUUGAUUCUGCCCGCGACUACUUCAUGCGCAACGCCCCCAAAGACCUCUUCGACAAGAGAGCCGAUGGUGUCGUUGGUAUCGCUUGUAUCAAUGGCCCUUAUACCCUCAACGACAAUGCCAAGUGUGCUGUUGCUUUCAAGUUGGAGUUUAAGUGGGAUAUGUAUAAUACUGAAUUCAAUGCUGACUGUGAGAUUGAUAGUUAUGAUUGUAUGGAGAUGUAUCCUGGCAGCAGUGUUGUGAAUCAUGGUGAUGGAGGGUAUAUGAAUGUUGGCUACUACGGAAGUUGCAAGUUCGAGGGUAAGACUUAUACUUGCUAG